CACAGUGUCAAAUCAAAUGAAACCCAACUGUAUCAUGGGAUCAGAUUACUAAAAUUCUCAUGCUUGGACUAAUACUAAAAUACAGAACCAACCAGAGGACCUCGUCGGCCGGCCAAACCCUCAGUUUCCGGAGCUACCCAUCUUCUCAUCGGAUCCUGUUGGUCUCUGAAAUUGUUUGUUUGUUGAACUUGAAAGUAGGAAAAUAAGGGGUUUUACCUGUCUUUCAGAUGGAAGUAGGUUCUCUUAACAGUGAGCAAGUACAGGACCCCGACAGCAAUGAGAUUGCAACUGACGGAGAUGGUGUUUUGACAGAAUUGGAUGCUGAAAAUCGUGUCCCAGAAGGAAAAAAGGAAUUUGUUGCGCCUGCUAUUGGAAUGGAGUUUGAGUCGUAUGAGGAUGCUUAUAAUUAUUACAAUUGCUACGCUAAGGAAGUCGGGUUUCGGGUUAGAGUGAAGAAUUCAUGGUUUAAGAGGAACAGUAAAGAGAAGUAUGGUGCUGUUCUUUGUUGCAGCAGUCAAGGUUUCAAAAGAAUUAAAGAUGUGAACCGUUUGAGAAAGGAAACAAGAACUGGCUGUCCUGCAAUGUUAAGGAUGAGGUUAGUGGACUCCAAAAGGUGGAGGGUACUUGAAGUUGCGCUUGAACAUAACCACUUAUUAGGUACAAAGAUCUACAAAUCGAUGAAAAAGAUGGGAAGUGGAACAAAGAGGAAGUCACAGUCAAGUUCAGAUGCAGAAAAGCGAACAAUUAAGCUGUACCGAGCACUUGUGAUAGAUUCAGGGGGUAAUGGACCCUCGAAUUCGAAUGCAACAGAAGCCAGGAAUGAUAUUCCCAAUCAGUUGAACCUCAAAAAAGGUGACACACAAGCAAUUUAUAAUUACCUUUGUCGUAUGCAGUUGACAAAUCCGAAUUUCUUUUACUUGAUGGACAUCAAUGACGAUGGGCGUUUGAGAAAUGUGUUUUGGAUUGAUGCUAGGUCGAGGGCAGCAUGCGGUUAUUUUGGUGAUGUGAUAUAUAUUGACAACACAUACUUGGCAAAUAAAUUUGAGAUCCCACUUGUGGCGUUAGUGGGGAUAAAUCACCAUGGUCAAGCAGUGUUGCUUGGUUGUGCUUUGCUUGCUGGGGAGACGGCAGAGUCUUAUAUUUGGUUGUUCAAAGCUUGGCUUACAUGUGUGUCAGGACAUUCUCCGCAAACAAUUAUUACUGACAGGUGCAAUGUUUUGCAGAGUGCAAUUGCUGAGGUGUUUCCUAGCUGUCAUCAUCGUUUUGGUUUGUCCCUGAUCAUUAAAAAAGUUCCAGAAAAGUUGGGUGGAUCGCGCAAUUAUGAUGCCAUUAGGAAGACACUGCUUAAAGCAGUUUAUGAAAGUCUGAAGGUGAUUGAAUUUGAAGCAGCAUGGGGAUUCAUGAUUCAGCAUUUUGGAGUUAGUGAUCAUGAGUGGCUUCGAUCUUUGUAUGAGGACCGAUUUAGGUGGGCUCCAGUUUACUUGAAAGAGACAUCUUUUGCCGGAAUGUCGGCUGCACAUCCAGGUGAAACCUUGAGUCCAUUUUUUGACAAAUACGUACACAAGCAAACUCCACUGAAAGAAUUUCUGGAUAAGUAUGAAUUGGCUCUACAAAAGAAGCAUAAGGAAGAAGCUCUUGCAGAUAUUGAGUCGAGAAGCUCAAGUCCCAUGUUGAAAACCAGAUGUUCUUUUGAGUUGCAGCUUUCAAAAGUUUACACAAAAGACAUAUUCAAAAAAUUCCAAUUUGAAGUGGAGGAGAUGUAUUCUUGUUUUAGCACUACACAGUUGCACAUUGAUGGACCAAUUGUAAUAUUCUUGGUCAAGGAGCGUGUCGUGGCAGAUGGGAAUCGGCGAGAGAUAAGAGAUUAUGAGGUUCUGUACAACAGAACAGCAGGUGAGGUUCGUUGUAUCUGCAGUUGCUUUAACUUCCAUGGGUAUCUAUGCCGGCAUGCUUUGUGUGUCCUUAAUUUUAAUGGAGUGGAGGAGAUCCCUUCCAAGUACAUUCUGUCACGAUGGAAAAAGGAUUACAAGCGUUUAUAUAUUCCAGAUCAUGGCUCCAAUAAUGUCGAUGUUACUGACCGUAUGCAGUGGUUCAGUCAGCUGUAUAGAAGUGCCUUGCAAAUUGUAGAGGAAGGUGUGAUCUCUCUUGACCAUUACAAUGUAGCAUUGCAAGCAUUUGAAGAGUCUUUGAAAAGAGUUCACGAGAUAGAAGACAAGCAUGAGCCUGAAAACUUGUAAUGUUAAUGUUAAGGCUUUUGUAAUUAUUAACUGUAGUGUCAUCACUUUGCUCUUCUGUUCCACAUCCCUUGUUCGGGUUA